AUGUUACAAUCUGAAUAUCCUCCAAAUGAAUUAACUUCAUUUGAACAAAUUAAGGAGAAAGGAGAUCUCUUAAAUUCUACAGAACCGACUAUUAAUGGUUUUACAUUAGAUCUAAAAGAAAAUGAAUCAUUUGAUAUUGAUAUUUGUAUAGAAAAACUACUUGCAUGUAAGCCAUUAUCAAGUAAAAAUAUUAAGUCACUAUGCUCUAAGCUUAAAGAAAUUUUAAUUAAUGAAGCUAAUGUACAAAUAGUCAAAUGCCCUGUAACAAUAGCUGGAGAUAUUCAUGGUCAAUUUUUUGAUUUAUUAGAACUUUUUAGAAUAGGAGGUAUGCCACCAGAUGUAAAUUAUCUAUUUUUAGGGGAUUAUGUUGAUCGUGGUUAUCAUAGUAUUGAAUGUAUUUGUUUGAUUAUGGCUCUUAAAAUACGUUAUAAGGAUCGUAUAACAAUACUCCGUGGUAAUCAUGAAUGUAGACAUAUUUCACAAAUAUAUGGUUUUUAUGAUGAAUGUUUAAGAAAAUAUGGAAGUGCUUCUAUUUGGCAUGAAUUAACAGAUGUAUUUGAUUAUUUACCAUUGGGAGCUUUAGUUGAACAUCAUAUUUUUUGUGACCAUGGAGGACUUUCUCCAAAUGCAAACACAAUUGAUUAUAUUAAUUCUAUUAAUAGAUUUCAGGAAAUACCUCAUGAAGGUCCAAUGUGUGAUUUAUUAUGGUCUGAUCCUGAUGAGAAAAAUGGUUGGUCAAUGUCUCCUAGAGGAGCAGGUUAUAUAUUUGGUCCUGAUGUAAGUCAGAAAUUUAUACAUACAAAUGGUCUUUCAACAAUAUGUAGAGCUCAUCAACUAACUAUGGAUGGUUAUACUUGGGCUCAUGAUGACAAUGUAGUAACAGUAUUUAGUGCUCCAAAUUAUUGUUAUAGAUGUGGUAAUCAAGCUGCUCUCAUGGAGUUAGAUGAAUUUGAAAAUAAACAGUUUUUGACAUUUGAUACAGCUCCUAGAAGGGGCGAGGCUAGAAAAAAUAUUCAAAAUACAAUACCUCAAUAUUUCUUAUAA